UAGUGUAAAACAAAAUGGAUAAUGUUGGAAAGUAAUGCUGUGAAGUGGAAAAAGUGAAGAUACUAUAUGUAAAAGUGUUCUUACCUGGGUAAAUUGCGCUGCAAUUGCAACUUUAUAAUCGUUGCAUCUGAUUUUUACUUAGUUUUGGAUAAAAAAGUAGACUACAAAAAUGUCGUGGCCAAGCGGUUGGCAAAUGCAGCCAAGCUAUGCUGGUUAUACAACUGGUGUACAACCGCAAGCCGCUCCCAUGGCUACAACUGCGAUUCCAAACUCAUAUACAGCAAUGGCACCGGAUCAAUACGCGCAGUGGCAACAAUGGCAGCAAUACCAACAGCAGUACGCACAAUGGCAUGCACAAUACGGCGAACAAUAUGCUCGUCAGAUGGGCAAACCGCUACCAGCCGUUGCGGCUCCUAUGCCAAUGACUGCAAUGGGCAUGCCGACCAACGUACCUCCACCGGCAAUUGUCCCAACACAGAUGGCACCGGUGAUGCCUUUAAUGACGACUGCUCCACCUAUUCCAAUUGGUGCUGCUCCUCCACCACCGUCGGAACCACAUCCGGAUACAUUGUCUGCCGGUCAGGCUCCUGCUCCGCCACCACCAUCAUCGGAAGAUCCUUCACAAGUACAGAAAACAGCGGAGGAAUUAGCUUUCGACGAACAAUUCCGCAAGUGGGAGGAAGAGUUUGACAAUUGGAAACGUAAGAAUGCAAAUCAUCCCGACAAAGCAACGUAUCGCGAGUAUGAAAAAAAGUUUGAAGAUUGUCGAAAGAAACUGGUCGAACGUCGAGAAUAUCUAAGAAAGAAAAGGAUUGCUGAAGCCGAACGAGCCAAAGCCGGUUCGAUUCCAAACACUACUGCUAAUCCUGUUCAGAUUGCAAAUUAUCAACAUCAGUCUCAAUACAAUCAACCACCACCUCCUCCUCCACCUGAGCAAAGUGGUGAAAUGGACGUCGGAUUAUUUAAAAAUGCUCUUGGUGGAGGUGGUGUAAAUUCAGGAGGAGGCAUCCCUGGAUUAGACCUAAUAGGCGAGAGUGGUCAAAUAUUGAAUCAGCGAAACGAUGACGUCGUCGAAGUAAUUGAUUUGGAUGAUGAAAAGGAAGAAAAGCCGAAUGUUCAUCAAUUGAAUGCCAGUAUGAAUAAACCGUCGAAUCCGGUUAACGCUUUGGCAUCUCUUUUGAAGGACCCAAAAGUGAGUGCUUUGUUGAACGUAAUCUCAGCGAAUGCCAACGGAGAAGGGGUCAACUUAUCCAGCAUAGGGAACUCGGAAUUAUUACAGCAAAUACAGAAUGCGGCUGGAGCUGUAAUAAACGCAAAUCAAAAUGGCAGCUCUGGAUUGGUAAAUCAAAAUCAAAGUGCUUGGCCAGGAGCUCAGCCAUCGCUGAACGACGAACGCAGUCGUUCUUCUUUCCAUGAAGAUCAUACUUCGAUACAGUCUGGUGACGAACGUAGCCGGGACGUCGAUGAAUGCAAUCGGAAUCAAUACCCUGGACUCUUUAGUAGCAAUUAUAAUCGUUGUCCACCACCGGGGGAUCCUAAUAAUUUCAAUCGAGUCCCUCCGCCUAUCGAUUUUAAUCGUGGUCCUCCUCCAGUUCGUAACAUUGACGGCUCUUUCCGUGGACCGCCGGGUCGUGAUUUCGAAAAUUUUAACCGAGAUUCGUUAGGAAAUAAUUUUGAUAGUCCAAAUCGUGGCCCACCCGGCCGUAAUUUUGACGACUCCAAUCGUGGUCGUGAUUUCGAUAACCCCAACUGGGAUGCACAACGAGGAGGUACUAGCGGUAGUUUUCAACGUGGACCUAUGCGAGGUCCGGAAUUCGAUGAUUUCAAUCGUAGCUCGGGACCAGAUACGUUUCCUAAACGUAAUUCUUUGUCUGGACGCGAUUUCGAUGAUUUCGGUCGUGGUCCGCCGCAAGGAUAUGAUGAUUUAGGUGCUUCUAAUCGUGGCCCUCCUCCAGUUUCUGGUCCAGGUGAUUUUAGUCGUGUUCCGCCACCGGCCACUGACUUGAUUGGAAAUAAUCGUGGUCCACCAAAUCUACGUGCGCCACCCGGUACAGAUUUUGGACCUCCGGGUCAUUUGAAUCGAAAUGAACAAAGGAAUACACAAGCUUUCAAUGCCAAAGUUCCCCCUCCACUAAUGGAUGUCGAUUUGAGUAGACCACCGCCGAUGUUUAGUUCUCAACCAGUUAGAUCCCAACGUUCUGAACAAUCUUCACCAGCUUUAAGCAACACUUCAUCAGUUGGUGGUAAACAACGUAAUUCUUUAUGGGGAGAUAAAACUCUGCCUGGUAUCAAACAGGAAUCGAAUCCAGUACCGUUCGAAAAGCAAACUCUUCAGCCCAUGAAGGAUGAACCAUUCAAUGGUUCUGACUUUCCUGAUGAUGAAGAUCCCAGUCUUUACGAUGGUCAUGCUGACGAAUUGCAAAUUGAUCCAGAACUGGGCAGACCGUGUGCCGUUCCCAAACCAGAUUGGAUGGAAGAAGAUGAAUAUCAAGAAAUUUUCGACCGUUUUGAGCACAUUCAAGUUUUUGAGGAGCGUAAAUUUAGGAUGGAAACUGCUAUCCGCUUACUAGAACACAAGAAAAAGGCUGAACGAAAGUUUGGUGCUGCAGGCAGUUUCGCAAUUAAACCGUUGUUCGGAAGCGAGCCUCCUGGGCUCGGAAAUAAACCGUCUUUUGGAAGUGAGCCUUCCGGGCUUGGAAAAAAACCAGUGGACGUUGGAACUGUUAAAUCUGAAUUUGGCAACAUCAAACCACCGGAAUUUGGUAAUGGAAGUAACAGCAAUAACAACUCGAACACUUCCAGCCGCUGGCAGGGUGGUAUGCCUAAGCCGCUGAAACAGGAACCAACAAACUACAAGCGUGCGAAUCCAUUUGCCGACGAGGACGAUAUUUUCCGCCCGAAACAGGUAAUCGAUUAUUCUAACGGCAUUCCACGGGUAAUCGAUUAUGGCCACAGCAGCUCAGGAGGAACUCAAGAUUGGUUUAACAGAGGAAGUCUGCCCGGAGAAAGAGGACACUCACACAACGAUGGCUUACAACCACAGCGCUUUGACUACAACCACUCAAACUCUACCGCAGUGGGUCCAGCCGUUGCAAAUUUGACUCCGUUCUGUGUUGACAGACCGGCUCAUUAUACGGAAAGUUCGAUCAAUCGUUUGACCAGCAUGCAUAAUAAUCCGAACCCAGAGGAAAGUAAUCCGUGCUAUCCAAGCAAGUUCAUUCUUAUGAACGAUAAUCGUCCGAAUCGUCCAAGAACGAAACGAGGUAAGAGAGCCUCUUCGAUUCGGAAGCAAAAGUUAAGACAGGAUGACGAAAUUGGGAAUCCUGAGGAUUCCAACAAUGUUGACGAACCGAAUCAGGAGUUGUGUAAAAGUGACGCCCCUCAGCUGAGUCCUCCUAAAGAUUACGAACUGGAAAUGAAACGUGGAUCAGACGAUUAUCCGAAGAAUCUGGCUGUCAAUCCAAUUGUGCUUAUCGACGAUCUUCUACUGCCUCCUGGAAGAUUUAAAAGACAUCCCAGAAUUUGUUUCAUUCUGAGAGGUAUUCCCGGUAGCGGUAAAUCUUAUUUAGCCCGUAUGAUUAAGGAAUGUGAAGUCAAAAAUGGUGGACAAGCUCCUCGGGUGUUGAGCAUCGACGAUUAUUUCUUGGUAGAAAACGAAGAACGUGAACCGGAUCCUAUUACUGGACGUCCAGUAUUGAUAACGAAAUCCGAGUACCAGUUCGAUGCAGAGAUGGAAGAGGUGUACAUGCAAAACUUGGUGAAAGCAUUUAAAAGAACGAUCACCGAACAAUUGUACAAUUUUGUCAUCGUUGAUUGUGUGAAUGAGCGUCUGCAGCAUUAUAACGAGUUCCACAAUUUUGCUCGUAGCAAUGGAUUUAAGGAAAGUAUUACUAGUGAAGGGUUUUUUUUCUUUGGUUUUAACAUUUCAAUUUCCCACCCACAGGUCUACACGUGCACAAUGCAAACAGAUAUCGACCUGUGCAUUGAGCAGAACAUUCAUAAGCGUACUGGUGAGGAAAUUAAAGCUUAUGCUGAGAAGUGGGCUCUCGGUCCGUCAGACCAUGUGUUGAUCAAUGCAUGUACGUUACUGGACCCGAAUGAUAACAACCAUAUUGUACCGGCCGACAUGGACCUGUGCACUGAAGAAGACGAUCAGCCACAGUCAGUCGAUGCCGUUGAGCCGAAUCACGAAGUAACCCCUGAACCGCAAGACAUUGAUGAGGAUUCAAAUAUUGAUGUUCCAGAGCUUGGAUUUUUCGCGAGCAAAUGGGACACCGAUACGACCGAGCAGAAUCUAGCCCGUCUGGAUGGCAUCAGCAAGCCACCGCGCCGUCCACCGACGAUAGAGGACUUCCUCCAGAUGGACGGCGACGAUUUCGGCACAGACGACUGCGACACAGCGGGGGGUGCAUCGUCAUCCGGAAAGAAGCGCGUACGCUGGGCGGAUAUCGAGGAACGCAAGGCGCAGCGCAAGAUGCGCCAGAUGGGCUUCGUGGUCGGCGUUACCGAUUGGUCCCGGAUGAUGGAUCCAACCGAGGGAGGCAGUGCGCUCACUAAGACUAAGUAUAUCGAGCGCGUGCGAAGAAACUUUUGAACUGCAGGCUGGGGUUAACGGUACAAUAGACAUGCUAGCAGCCGUAUUUCUGUUGAGUGAGAUUUGUUCUCUUUUAGGUGAGUGCACUUUAAUUGCUAGGUACUAUAUCGAUUUAGGUAACUGUUAAGAAAAUAUAUUAUUUAUACUGGAUAGUAUAUUGAUAUCCUGCAGCAAGCAAGUAAUUCAGACAUAUUUUGCAAAUAACGAUCGGAUGCCGAAAAAUUAAUUAGCAUAAAGUUUGAUGCUAAACAACAAUUUAUGAGGAAAAGUAAUGGAAAGAUUAUGCAUUAUCUUGCGUUGAUAGUUUGAAUUUGAGCUAUAUAUCUAUACUUUCUCUCUGAUGUCCAAUACAUUGAAUAUAACACUUUCGAACUCGUUGAAGGGUAGAGUCUGUGUUUAGAAUAUAUUUUUCACAUUGUUUGGUAGAGCUGAACCGAUGCCUCAUCGGUUCGAGAGUAUUUUUGAACAGCAUAUAUUUAAUUUAUUACAAUAAGCCUUAUUUUGACGAUACAUGAGUAACAUUUCUUUGAACGAUAUGCAAUUUUCAUAAUCGAAUAAAUGGAAUAGACUAAAUUCUAAUCUUAUAUAAUUAUUACAUCAUGAAAAAUACUAUGAAUUAUACUAAUGAA